AUAAAUACUGCAGUUGUGACACUUCUGUGAAUUAGACUGUCUAAAAUAUUUAUAUAUUCUUCUCAUCUCGACACCGAUUACAGCAAUGGCAACCCUUGUUGGAGGUCCAUCCGAGGUGAAGCAAGCCACACCCGAGGUGCAGAAGAUCUGUGAUGAGGUCAAACCUCAUGCAGAGACAAAGGCAGGGAAGAAGUUUGCUGUUUUCGUUGCCAAAUCUUUCACCACUCAGGUCGUGGCCGGAACCAACUACUUUAUCAAGGUAAAUGUAGGAGGCGAUGAAUUCGUUCAUCUGAGGGUUCAUAAGUCGCUUCCUCACAGUGGAGCAAAACUCCAGCUGCACGGGAUCCAGAUAUCAAAAACUCAACAGGAUCUUAUUGAAUACUUUUAAUGUAUGCACACGGAUAAUAAAAUACCAUACUGUAUGUAGAGGAGUUUUAUAAGACCAGCACAGCUUUGUUUACUUUGACAACCAUUAUAUUGUUGUGAAAUAAUUGCACAUGGAUAUGAAUCAACAUUCUAAACCUGAUUUAUUGAAAAUAAUGGAACUUUUAAAAUAAAGGGAAAUAAAUUUCAUAUUUCAAAUGG